AUGUCAAGGCAAUCCGUGCGGGUACACAAAACACCGCGAUGGCUGGCAGAAGGCUUUGUGGUGGAGGGCAGCGCGACGGAGAAAGUUUUAGAAGCAGCACCUGGCAGGGAUCCGCCACCGUUGCCUUCCCAGAGUUCUGAAGAGGGCUCAUCUAGUGGCCUGCCACACUGCCACUCCAGGUUUAGUGGCCACAUGUCUGGAAAUGGCACUUGUGGGAGUAGGGUGCCCUACAGUUCAGCGUCCAGUGGAAGGCAGCGGGAGCAGUCGUCUGAUGUCAGGAGGUCUGCAAGAGUGCCCAAACCACAGCGACGACUGAUAGAGCAGGGUGACGCUGUGAUCGAGGGCGUUGAGGAGAGUGGGGCUCUUAGUGGGGGAGAAGCCAGCCUGCCAGCAUCACCUCACUCUGAAAACACUAAUCUGAAUGCUGCUCGCAACAAGACUCGAGGAAAGAAAUAUAAGUGGACGGACAUCAACACUGAGGAGAUGAAGAAAUUUAUUGGCGUUCUUCUCUACAUGGGUGUCGUAAACUUACCAAAGCUGACAGACCUGUGGCGAAAACACAGCAUUUACGAUGUUCCUUUUCCCUCUACCGUCAUGCCCAGAGACAGGUUCAAGGCCAUUUUGUCCAACUUGCACAUCAGCGACCCAGGAGAAGAUGCGAGCAAUGAACUGGCCAGAGGAACUGAGGAAUUUGACCCUCUACACCGUGUCAGACCUCUCCUCAACAUGAUUCGGACCCGCUGCAUGGCGGUCUACCAUCCGGACCGGCACAUUGCUGUCGACGAAAGAAUGGUGGCCACCAAAGCACGAUUGUCAUUCAAACAAUAUAUGAGGGACAAGCCGACAAAGUGGGGACUAAAGUGGUUUGUCUUGGCAGACUCCAAUGGGUACACAUUGGACUUCCAGCUCUACACAGGAAACUGGCCGAUCGCAGUGGGAGAAUACAACAGCUACAUGGGCGGUGUAGACACAUCCGAUCAGAUGCUGGGCACGAACUCUGUCCACAGAAAAACUCGGCGGUGGUAUAUUACCGUGUUCCAGCACCUGUUGGACAUUGCUGUGACCAACAGUUUCAUCAUUGCCAAGGAGCUGUCAAAAACCCGCAGUGAGAGACUGCCCACCCGACAGGACUUUCAGGAGGAGCUUGCAGCAAGUCUAAUUGGAGUCCCCCGCAAGACACAGCCACGAAAGCCCCUGGUCUUGACCAACCACUUUGCUGUCCCCACCAGCUCAACACAGUCCAAAAAUCAAAGAGCCAGCAUGGGUCGAGGUCAGUGUGUGCUCUGUAAGCGCAGCACUCCCUGGAAGUGUGAGGACUGCGAUGUUGGGCUUUGCCUGCAGCUGGACAGGAACUGUUUUCGCAUGUAUCACAUGUCUGAAGAAGCUGAGCAAUAG